AUGAACAACAGAAAAUUAAUAGCAACUAACGAAUCUGAUGGCGCUAUAAAUAAAUAUCCAUUUCCAGAAUAUGCAGAACGUCGUCGACGUACCAAUAUUCAACGCAUGCAAAAUGUUCUUCUUAUCUGGUUAGACAGUAACAUUGACAAGACAAAUGAUAAUUGCAAAAAUACAAUCAAACAACUGCGACGGGCUAUCGACGACAUCAAAACAUUUACAAAUGGUGAUCAAUGUUUUGAAUUCAUUCAAACAAUUGUUAACAAAAAAGCAUGUAUGAUUAUAUCUGGAUCACUUGGACAACAUAUUGUACCUCGUGUACACAAUAUAUCUCAACUAGAUUCAAUUUUCAUUUUUUGUGAAAACCAAAAACAUCAUAAACAAUGGGCUAAGGACUGGUUCAAAAUAAAGGGUGUCUUUACAGAUAUUACAUCCAUCUGUGAAGCACUCAAGAAAGCUGCUCAUCAAUGUGAGCAGAAUGCCAUUCCCAUGAGUUUUGUGGAAUCAAAUAAAAGGUUGGAUCAAUUAGAUCCUUCUUUUAUGUACACUCAAAUCAUCAAGGAGAUAUUACUGAGCAUAAAAUUCAACCAAAAUCACAUCCAGGAUUAUAUCGAUUAUUGUCGCGAUCCUUCUAAAGGUAAUAUAAAAGACGUCAAGAAUAUUAAACAGUUGGAAGACCAAUAUCAUAACAAAACACCGAUUUAUUGGUACACCCGUGACAUGUUCUUAUAUUCCAUGCUCAAUAAGGCAUUACGAUUGAUGGAUGGUGACAUCAUUACACGAAUGGGCUUCUUCAUUGGUGAUUUGCAUAGAAAUAUUGAAAAGCUACAUCAGGAACAAUAUGCCGCUAAAACUGAUGUUGACACCUUCACUCUUUAUCGUGGACAAGGUUUAUCUAAAGAGGAUUUUGAACAAAUGAAGAACGCUGAGGGUGGCCUUAUUUCAUUCAACUGCUUCUUAUCUACAAGUAAAGAUCGUGACGUUUCCUAUUUGUUUGCUGAAAGCAAUCUGGCCAAUCCGGAUUUAUAUGGAAUACUUUUCGUUAUCACUGUAGAUCCAUCUCAAUCAACAUCCCCAUUUGCUUUUAUUCCUAGCAUCGGUGACUUCGAAGAAGAAGAAGAAGUCUUGUUUUCGAUGCAUAGCGUUUCUCGCAUCCAGCAUAUUAAACAGAUGGAUGGAAAUAAUCGUUUGUAUCAAGUUAACUUGACACUUACUACUGAUAAUGAUUCAGAAUUGAACAGACUUACCGAUUACAUUCGUCAAGAGAGUUCUCUACAUGAAGAUGGAUGGUACAGAUUAGGUUUGGCACUAAUUCAAAUGGCUCAAUAUGACAAAGCUGAACACAUUUAUCAAGUUAUACUUGAUCAAACGGACGAUGAGGAAGACAAGGCAUCUAUUUAUUAUCCACUUGGUUUCAUCAAAAAUAACCAAGAAAACUAUAAAGAAGGACUUGCUUAUUAUGACAAAAUCUUAACAAUCAGUAAACAAUCACUUCCUGCCAAUCAUCCUAAUUUGGCUACUUCCUACAACAACAUUGGUGUAGUGCAUAACAACAUGGGUAAUUAU